AUGGAACCCCUCUUCGAGACUUUCAUCGUUGCUUUCCUCAUCCAGAAAUUUCUUGUUCCGAAAUCCGCAGGUAUGCUUAUCAAUUAUGUUACGCUCGACGAUGAACAGAAAAAUGCUCUACACUUCCGACUUUGGAUUCUAACGCUUGCCGUCCCCGCCUUACUGAUUGCCUCGCAAGGUGGCUUCUUCAACCUUGUGGUGUUCUCGCCCCCAGUGAUCUGGUCCAUUGUCGAUUACAUUGCGCUUACGCAGGGAACAACCAUCUACCCGGCCAUAAGCUUCAUUCCAAGCGUGAUUUGCACUGCAAUCCUUUGGUCUGGCGCCGCGCUUUUCCUCAUUUCAGGGCUAGGCCAUCGCGGUAACUUCCUUGUCUUUCUGGUCGCCAUCCUCUUCUCAGUUGCAGGCGUUUUACAAGCUAUCAUUGUUGUCAAGCAAGGAACAAUUUUGGUCAAGCAGGUUAUCAAUGUUGUCAAGAAGGCGUAUAGGAUGACAAGGGGAAGAGGGUCAAAUCAAGGAAUCGAGCUGCCAAAGUAA